CCCUCCCAAAAGACUUUCCGCACAAAAAGAAUCCUGGCAAAGGCUGGACGUCAGAACCGCCCAAUCCCUCAAUGGUUCCGGCUGAAAACUGAUACUAAAAUUCAGUACAAUGCUAAGCGGCGUCAUUGGAGGAGGACUAAGCUCAAUAUCUAG